CGGAUUCCUUUUACCCGCCGCACCGGUUCAGUUUCCCUGUUCUUCCAAACCGAGGGGCCGCCCCGCCAUUGCCAUUGGGCUGAAGAAGCUGCCGCGGGUCAACUGUCGUGUGAGUCGUCUCCCUCUCUCUGAGUGUCUGACCGCCCUUCUCUCUUCCCCUAGUUCUUGCGUGAACGGCUAUGGAGUAUAAGGUUAUUAUCGGUGCGGAGGUAAGGAAAUAACCUCUGGGCUUCCUCGGGACCAGCUGGAUAGGAUGCUUCACGGAGAGAAUCUAAUAUAUUGCUGUUAUAUACAUUGGAGGGAAUAAAACAAUGUUGUUGUAUAAGUAAUUUGUUGGUCGGAGUAGGCAAUUAGUGAUUUUGCAUCAGCAGUGUCCGAUCACUGAUAGUUUGGAACUGGAUAUGGAGUUGUUAUGUCAAGAAAGUUGCAUUCUUCCUGGUCAGGUGGAAAGGAGGAAGAAAAGGAAGCGUGAUGAUUCACAUAAAGGGGAAGGGAAUAAAGUUGACAUCUCCGAUUUAACUCCGCAGGUACUAGAUUCUUGUGGGACGUACCUGGCUGAUUCUACAUCAGACCUGGUUCACGAUGGAGAUGCUUCAUUGCUCAAUGAGUCAGAGAAGAGGAAGAACAAGAAGAAAAAGAAAGGAAGGGAGGAGCAAGACGUAGAUGCAAUCAAGACUGAUGAUAGCACUAUGUCUGUGGAAGGACCAUCUUCUGUUCCACAAGAACCGAUUGAGUGUUGUGAACCAGUCAGUGAAUCAAAUGUCCUGCUGGCAGAGGGAAUGAAGAAAAGAAAGAAGAACAGGAAGAAGGAGGAUAAGGUAGAGCAAGAGACAGAAAUAGCUGACCCUGAUUACACCAAUGUGCCUGCAGAAGGAUCAGAUUUUGUUAUGCGUGAAUUAAAUGAGAACACUGAACCCGUCAGCAAAUCAAAGAAGAAGAAGAAUAAGAAGAAGAAGCAAGAGGAGGAAAUGUUCGAACAGCACUGCAACAGUAAGUUGGAGCAAGAGACAGAUAUAGCUAACUCUGAUAAUACCAAUAUGCCAGUAGAAGGAUCAGAUUCUGUUAUGCAUGAGUUAAAUGAAGAUACUGAGCCUGUCAGCAAAUCGAAGAAGAAUAAGAAUAAAAAGAAGCAGCAAGAGGAGAAAAUGAUUGACCAGCACAGCAACAAUAAGGCUGCUGGAGCUGAUUCUACUCGACAAGAAUUUAAUGAGGAGACUGAAGUGAACGGGAAAUUGCAUAAGAAGAAGAAGAAGAAGAACAACAAGAAGAAGGUGGAGCAAGAUACAGAAGUAGCUGAGCCUGAUAAUACCAAUAUGCCUGCAGAAGGAUCAGAUUCUGUUAUGCGUGAUUUAAAUGAGAAUAGAGAACCAAUCAGCAAAUCGAAGAAGAAGAAUAAAAAGAAGAAGCAAGAGGAGGAAAUGUUUGAGCAGCACAGCAACACCAAGGCUGCAGGAGCGGAUUCUGCUCUGCAAGAGUUGAAUGAGAAGACUGAAGUGAACAGGAAAUUGCAUAAGAAAAAGAAGAAGAAUAAGGUGGAGCAAGAUACAGAAGUUGCUGAGCCUGAUAAUACCAAUAUGCCUGCAGAAGGAUCAGAUUCUGUUAUGCAUGAGUUAAAUGAGAAUCCUGAACCAGUCAGCAAAUCGAAAAAGAAGAAUAAAAAGAAGAAGCAGGAGGAGGAAAUGAUUGAACAGCACAACAACAAUAAGGCUGCAGGAGCGGAUUCUUCUCUGCAAGAGUUGAAAGAGAAGACUGAAAUGAACGGGAAAUUGAAUAAGAAAAAGAAGAAGAACAAAGAAAAGAUGCAAAAGCUGGAAGUAGUUGACCCGAAUGGUAGCAGUGCACCUGGAGAAGGACCAUGUCCUUUGUUGCUACAAUCAAAUGCAAAGGCUGAACCUGUUGAUAUAUCGAAUAAUUUUCUUCAGAAGAACGGGAGAAGGAGGGAAAAAUGCCAAAAGACUGAGGAAACUGGUGUUGGAGAUAGCAAUGUGCCUGAUAAAGUCCCAACUUCUGCUUUACAAAUUGCUGAGAAGGAUUUUGAAAAUAAUGGGGAAUGUCCCUUGACUUCUGGUCAUCAAAAUGGUGCACUGGAAAAGAACCAACAUCCUGCCAGCCCAGCGCAGGUGGCUCUGGCCAUUUCAUCUAUAGAAGCCUCUUCCAAUUGUUUAGAGAAGAAGGCUGGCUUAACAGAUUGUCUGGAGAAUUUGAGGCUUCAUGAUCAACAACAGGGUAUUACAGCAUUUGAUUCUGUGGAAAAUAGUUUCACUCUGGUGACUCGAGACCAUAAGAAUUAUAGAGUGCUGGAGAUAGACAAAGAGCGGACUUCUCAGAUUCUGGUAGAAUGUGGUGCUUUAACCAGUUGCAAUCAAGGAGCUUCAAUUUUAUCUAAUGAUGAUUCUUUCCAUCAGCACCCAGAUCAUAAAGUUGCUGAUGCAGAUGCUGACAUCAAAGAAAUAAAUCGUCCUGCAUCAGAAGUGGUUGUUUCCGCAGAUGUUGUGAUGGAAACAACCAAGGAAGACAAGCCUCAACCUAUUUUGGAUAGUUUAUUAGAUGCUAAUAAUGCCCAAGUUUCCAGAAAGAAGCUUCUGAUACUUGAUCUUAAUGGAUUAUUGGUUGACGUUGUUCCUAGUUUUAGAGGCAGGCGAAAACCGGACAUGCUGUUAUCAGGAAAAUAUGUAUUCAAAAGGCCUUUCAUUAAAGAUUUCCUACAGUUUUGCUUCGAGAGAUUUGCAGUAGCCAUUUGGUCUUCGAGAACCAAGAAAAACAUAGACCUGCUCAUCAAUUUUCUUUUUGGCGACUCUAGAGAGAAAUUGGUUUUCUGCUGGCAUCAGUCCCAGUGUACCCAAACAAAGUUUACAACAAUCGAGAAUAAGGAUAAGCCCUUGGUUUUAAAAGAACUCAGGAGAGUAUGGGAAAAGCUCGAACCUGCCCUUCCAUGGGAGAAGGGAGAGUAUAAUGAGUCGAAUACUUUGCUGUUAGAUGAUUCACCGUACAAGGCCCUUCGCAAUCCAGAAAACACUGCAAUAUUUCCUUACUCAUACCAGCAUAACAUGAGGGGAGACAAUUCAUUAGGACCUGGAGGGGAUCUCCGAGUAUAUCUCGAAAACAUAGCUUUGGCCGAGAAUGUUCAAGAGUAUGUGAGACAGAACCCCUUUGGCCAAAGAGCAAUUUCAAGGUCAAAUCCAUCAUGGCAUUUUUACGAGAAGGUGUUACAAGAAGACCCUCCGCGUAAGCGUGAAAGGGUAUCUCGUUGGGAUCGUUGAAGGGGUGAAGCAAACAGCUUUCUUAUUCCUGGCGGGUACCAUGCCAAGUUACUGUAACUCGAGCAUAAAUCUGACCCGAGCACUCUCUUCUCUCGAGGAGUGGAUUUAUUUCCACAGUUUCAAUUGUGGGUUAGCUGGCACAAUAAGCUCCAAUAAGGGAGGAGGCCGAUAAAUUGCCUAAGAGAGGUUAGUGUUCUCGUGUAUUUGACGAGUUAUUCUUUCUAGUUAGAGGAACUAGAGGUAGAUCAUUUUUUUGUAAGCCUAGUUAAUUGCUUUCUGUUUUGCUCGAACGUCGCCCCAAGAUGACAACGGUUCAAAUGUUUCUAGCUUGUUGGCUGUACACCGCAUAGAUAUUGAGGAGUGUCGAGAUUCUUUUUUUUUUUUUUUAUAACUUAUACACAGAUACUUGUUUGCGAUGAGAAAUGUUCUGCUCGAGGGAAAGAUUACCGUGCUAUAGCAUAAGAUAUGCUUCACAGUGUUACUAGAAUCAAACCUCGUGUGGUUUUUA